AUGAUCCAGCUACCAGCAGAUGUGCUGUACCUGGUCUGCGAAGAGCUGUCCAAGUUGGCCGACUUCAACACGCUAUUCCAUUGUGCCUUGGCAAGCAAGGCCCUGGGCAAGCCAGCGCUCCUUUGGAUGUACAGAAUUCACAAUCAAUCGACCAUCAUCAGCAGCGAAGGCAAUGAUGCCGACCUCACUCGAAAUGCAACCUUUGAGGGUCGGUUAGACGCGCAGAAGAUCACCCUUUUCAAGUGGAUGUUGCUCUGGAAGUCUAUUAUCAGGUCGAGUCUUGGCUCUAAAACUACAGCCUACCCUUACUGUCUCUAUAUCCGAUCUCUUGACCUGAGAAACUUGGCCGAGCUUCUCGAGGAGCUUCCUUUCCGGAGCGCCCAAGACGAAUUCUUUUCAGAUGACAUGAAACAGUUCUUGAGACAAGUACCAAUGACGCUUAAGAUGAGAGGUUCCAAGGGAUCUAACAAGCGUCUUGAUAUUCCCAUGAUCCUAGAACUCGUGGGAGAAUCGAUUACCAGCUAUGUUAGCCACUCUGCGAGUAUGAAUCAUGCCACGGUUGCUCUUGAGGAUAUUUCAGGCAUCAUUGGUACAAUGGCCCUCGCAGCCUGGACUGCCCGCCUCUCGAAGUUGAAGAGCAUGACUCUGUGGGAUGGAGCUGUUUUGGAUCAAAGUGUCGCCGAGGCCAUCUCUGCGAAUUGUUUCGAUUUCGAUGACUUGACCUUCUUUACGUGUCUGAAAGGCGAUGUCGACCAUAAUAUAGCAUCCUUUUUCAGUGGUCUGCGGUCAAACACUCUGAAAUCAUUCACUGCUCUAAUCGCACAUGCCUUGGGACCAGAAACUCUCCUGUCAUUGAACAACCAUUCCCAAUCGCUGAAGAGGCUGAAGCUGGACGGGUUAAGAUCGGCCACUGUCAAGAAUCUGUCACUCCUCCAAGGGUGUGUUGCACUUGAGGCUAUAGAACUUACUGAUGCCGACGGGACGGUUGACUUAGAGGUCCCAGAAAACGAUAUCUUUCUGGAGGUCAUCGCGUGGUUAAGCAAUUGCAAUGGACUCCAAGAGCUGCUGCUGAGUAGGUUCGUUAGUGGACCCAAGAUCCUUACCCAAGUCUGCCUGAAAAACAACAUCCGGCUCAAGAAACUAAAAGUUGUCGACUACCCUUUGGCUGGCAACCAGGACUUCCAUCGAGCAUUAUCGCACCAAACCUCCCUCGAGUCCCUGGAAUUAAGAGCGGACCCCGAGACUGCGUUCCGAGACGAUAUCGACGUUCUGGUCUCCUCGGUCUCUGCUUUAAAAUCUCUCAAAUACUUAGAUCUCCUGAGCACUUCCGACUACUUCUCGACUACCGAGAUUCUGACCCUCGCCGAGCAUCUUCCGCUUCUGGAAGAGAUCUUCUUCAGCGGAUACGAUGUCACAGAUGCCCUUUGGCCGGGUGUAUCGCGUCUCCCCAACCUUCGCAGUCUCAACAUCCACGCCGUCACCUCAUUCUCCUUCAACGCCAUUCUGGACUACGUCUCAACACUCCAAGACACUAACCGAGGCCUGCUUUUGUCGAUCAUGAACCAGAAGCCCGAAAACGCCAUGAGCGAGCGCCAUGAACGAGCGAUCCGGCAGGCGAUCAAAAAUGAAGUGGACGGGAAGUUCGAGUUUACGCUUUUCAGGGAACCUGAUAGCGAGUCUGACAUGCUAUCUGACUGA